AGUGGCAAGGAGUUUCCCUUUUGCCUGCGUCUUACUUGUCAAAUUUUCAGUUUAUGUUGUACAUUCCAUUGUACUUCAUACAAAUUUCUGACAAUUCCAGACCUACCACAACACACAUACAUACAUAGCACCGGCAUAUAUUACAGGUACAGAUACAGAUACACACACCAACACACACACACACACGCAGUGCAGCCAUUUAGACCGAAGAAGGGAUAAAUUCAAAAUUCCGCGUGUUAUUAAGCAGAAUUAGAUGAGAGCCGAAAAGAGUGUCGAAAAAUGUGUCUGGAAACGCCGCAUCAGCCCAACAAAGUGCUUGACAUCAUCAGGCAGGGCUACAUCAUCCUGGCCGAGUACAAUCUGAUCGAGCAAGAGCAGCUGCGUGGCAUCUAUGCCAUUCCCAGCUAUUCGAGUGGCGUUCACUGGUUCGGUGUUAUCUUCAUAAGGAGCGGCCUCUAUGCGGAGAGCAUGUUCCGAUUCUCCAUACUGUUGCCCGACAAUUUUCCCGACGAUGUCGUCCUACCCACUGUGAUCUUCCAGACAGAUGUCUUCCAUCCGCUCAUCUGUCCGGUGACGCACAGCCUGGAUCUAACUUCCGCUUUCAGAGAGUGGCGCAAGGACGAACACCACAUCUGGCAUUUGCUCCGCUACAUUCAGGCCAUAUUCGCUGAUCCCGAGGGCAGCGUCUGCUCAGCCCAAGGCUGUGUGCGACUCAGCCAAGUGAUAAUGGGGCCCCAUCGCGAGGUCCACAACAUGGACGCCUUACGUCUGCUGGCCCGCAGUCGUAUGGAGUAUCUGGCGCGGGUCCAGCAGGGCAUCGAAUGGAGUGUUGCUCAUAUGUACGAUGAUCCGCCGACCGAUGAUCCGCACUACAUUGUGUUCGAGCCCUACAAUCCGACCCUACACCAGCAUGUGCUGGAGUGCCUCAAGAGCCGCAGCUGGCAUGAUCCGGUGGCGUCCUCAUCGCUGGCUGGCCGACUUAAGGUGGUACGCUCGAAAAGAACGCCAGGCUUCGGGCCAAACGCGUCGACGCCAGAGCAGGAAAUAGAGGAGGUACAGCAACAGGGGCCAAGUGCUGAACAAGUCCAGAUUUCGUAGCGACCUCACAAUUAAACACUUUUCUAUCCAGAUUUUGCAAAAUCGAUCAGUAAUCAAAACAGCUGACAUUUCUUUAUUCAGUAAAAGCAAGCAGAAAAUAUACAAGUAGUUCAUCUCUGGAACGGCCAAGUUAUUUUUAAA